AUGAGUUAUAAGGCUAACCAACCAUCUCCCGGGGAGAUGCCCAAAAGGUCACCUUCUAUCCUGGUGACGGACGCAAGAACAUCCAAGAAUAGGAUGAGUGCGCCAUUCGCUGGCCAUGCUGCUGGCAGCAGGAAGAGCAUGGAGAACAAGAAUCUCGUGAGGUCUCAGGGUGUUCGAUCUUCCAAUAUUGGCUCUUCUUCGCUGCAAAAUCCCACUCAUCCAAGAAGGCGAUCGUCUGGUAGGUUUAGCGAUAUAUCCAUCGAUAAUAUUCUCUCUGAUAAUUCAGAUAUACCAUCUGCUAGAAGGGAGGAAAGACUUUCCAGCUCUUCAAAUGAUAGACCUCGCAAUUAUGAGCGUUUGAGUUCGCGUAGAAAGAUGAUUAAUCCCUUACCUCCAAGAACAUCGAAGACGUCACAAAAAUUAGUACUGAUACCUGAAGAAGACGACUUGAGUCACUUCCAAACUAUGCCUACGAAUGCAUUGGAUAGACAAAGACCAAGAGUUGGUUCUAUGAAGCCCAAUUCCUUCGAUCGUCUACCUCGACAUUCAAGGGACAAGUCCAUGGCAAGAAUCACUGCGUAUAACGUUGCUGACGGCUUCAACCUAAAUCAGUUGUAUAAGUUUCUGCAUGAAACUCAUGAAGUCUCACCAAGACUGUACGACGAAUGUUUAUACGUAGCGUAUACUUUACCACUACUGCCAGGUAAGGGUGGCUUCAGAAUAAAAUCAAAUAUAUCUAAGAAAACAGUGGGUGGUAAGACAUUGAUUGAUAAUUUGAUAGAUACAAGCGAACAAAGAGACCACCAUUAUGAGUACUACUCAGGAGUUGAAACCGUGGAAGACGCAAAUAAUAAUUAUGAACUGGAGGCUAAUGGAAAUAACAACAGUACUAAUCAAGACACUACAAUAGUCCCUGACCACCUACCGAAUCCAGUUGGUCAGCAGGAUUCUUUCAAUCCUAUGGAACCGCAGUUUUUUGCAGAAGAAACUCCUUUAGAAAUAGAGGAACGAGAAAGAACCGAAAGAAUAAACAUGCUAAAGAAGGAGGAGAAAGAUAUUGAUGGAAGUAAUGGCGAAAAAAAUGAUGAAAGUGAGCCUGUAAGCUAUGUGAACGAUGGUAAAGAUCAUCAUGCGUACUCAGCUUGUUUUUCGCCGCCAGCGUCAUCAGCAUCUACACAGUCUGCCCUUUCCUCAUCACGAGAUGAUUUUAAUCGUGUAUACGAAGUUCACAGUGACAAUGGCCACGACGGCAAUGACAGACAUGCAGAGAUUUUCAUUUUCCAUUAUGGUGUUAUCGUCUUCUGGAACUUCACUGAAAUUCAAGAGAAAAAUAUCCUUGGUGAUAUAACAUUUGCAGGCUAUAAGAGCUUAAUGAUCCGACCAUUAGAUGAACAGGAUAUUGAAACUGAACAAUUUCAUUUUGAAUAUGACAGGGAUACGGAAAGGCCAAGAAUUUUCAACGAUAUCGUCACAUUGCGUUCAGGGGACCACAUUAUCGAGUUAACACUAUCACAUGCUAUCGCGCAAUCUUCAAAAUUAUCAAGAUUCGAAUCCAGGAUUUCGCCCAUUUUGAUAUCAGUCACGAAAUUACCGAAAAGACUAGCAUUAUAUGGUACUCUUGGGUUAAAAAGGGAACAACUUUUGAAAAAAUCAGGGAAGCUUUUUAAAUUAAGAGUGGAUGUUAACCUUUCUUCUACCAUAUUGGAUACACCUGAGUUUUUUUGGUCGUUCGAACCAAGUUUGCAUCCACUUUACGUGGCAAUGAGGGAGUAUUUGGAGAUCGACCAAAGGGUUCAAGUAUUAAAUGAUCGUUGUAAGGUCUUCCUGGAAUUCUUUGAUAUAUGUGUCGAUUCCGUUGCUGAAAGAAACAUGGCCCGUGUUACAUGGUGGUUUAUUCUUGUCAUUUUAUUUGGAGUCAUAUUUUCACUAACUGAAAUUUUCGUUCGUUAUGUAAUUAUACACCGUCAUAUAUCUACGUAG